GGUGGUGCGUGGCGGCGGCACAGAUCCCGGGCCUGCGGGAAACAAGCCUCCCUGCGGGGGGAUCGUCCUUUCCAGGGGAGGAACACGUCGAAUAACUUGGAGAGUUUUUGAAGAUGUCAGCAGAUAUACCGUUAAAUAUUAAUAUCAAGGAGCCCCGAUGGGAUCAAAGCACUUUUGUUGGACGAGCCAGUCACUUCUUUACUGUAACAGACCCCCGGAAUAUUUUGUUAUCUGAUACCCAACUGGAAAAUGCAAGAAAAAUUGUGCAUGAUUACAGACAAGGUAUCGUGGCACCUGGCUUGACAGAAGAUGACUUGUGGAGAGCAAAAUAUAUCUAUGAUUCAGCCUUUCACCCAGACACUGGUGAAAAGAUGGUCUUGAUUGGCCGAAUGUCAGCUCAGGUACCCAUGAACAUGACUAUCACAGGUUGUAUGAUGACCUUUUAUAGAACGACACCAGCCGUGGUUUUCUGGCAAUGGAUUAACCAGUCCUUCAAUGCUAUAGUAAAUUACACGAACAGGAGCGGUGAUGCCCCAAUUACUGUCAGCCAGCUGGGAACAGCCUAUGUUUCUGCUACCACGGGUGCUGUCGCAACAGCUUUAGGACUUAAUGCAUUAACAAAGCACGUCUCACCUCUUAUAGGACGGUUUGUUCCUUUUGCUGCUGUUGCUGCUGCUAACUGCAUUAAUAUUCCACUAAUGAGACAAAGGGAACUCAAGUUUGGAAUCCCCGUCACGGAUGAGAACGGAAACAGACUGGGUGAAUCAACAAAAGCAGCUGAGCAGGCAAUUACCCAGGUGGUUAUAUCAAGAAUUCUUAUGGCUGCUCCUGGCAUGGCAAUUCCUCCCUUCAUAAUGAAUACGUUGGAAAAGAGAGCCUUUUUAAAGAGAUUUCCUUGGAUGAGUGCUCCCAUUCAAGUUGGAUUAGUCGGAUUCUGUCUUGUGUUUGCAACACCCCUGUGUUGUGCACUGUUUCCUCAAAAAAGUUCUAUGUCUGUAACACGCUUGGAGCCAGAAUUGCAAGCCAAGAUCCAAGAGAACAGCCCUGAACUAGAACGUGUAUACUUUAAUAAAGGAUUAUAAUUCAAGGAAGGGAAAAUAUCUUUCAAGGAGGAUCUUGCGAACUUAUUUUUGAAUUAUGUGCCAACAUAGUUGAAGAUGAGAACUCACUUUUAACUUGUCCUUUUGUUAAACAACUUUGAUCAUCUGCAUUAUUUUAUAUUUAAAGACUUUCCUUGUUGUAGUGUUUAAAUUACAAAAGGCCAUUUUGUCCACUUUGGUAUCGAUUAAAAGUUUAACCAUACAUAUCAAAAAAUGUUUACAUAAGCUCUCAAGCAGCUACAAUAACAAUAAACAAGCA